AUGAAUUCUUUCAUCUAUUUUCUCUUUUCAUUCACGUCAAUCAGUUCAUAUAGUGUAUUCAUAUCUAUCUUGCUUGCAGGAUUGUUCGUAUACAUCUAUCUAGUUUGUUCGCAUUUACCUACGUUAUCGUCUCAUUUCUCAAUCAAUCUAUUAUCUCCCUUUUCUCUCUAUCUAUUCUCUCUAUCUGUUAUCUUCUCCCUCUCUUCUUCCAAUCUAUUAAUUUUUCUAUCUCCCCCCUCUCUGUUGAUCUAUUCGUUCGCUUCUCUCUUCUUUAUCUAUUCUUUUGUCUCUCUUCUCUCUAUUUUUCACUUCUCUCUCUUUGUCUAUCUGUUUUCUUCUCCCUAUGAGUUACCUUUUCUUCUCUCAAUCUGUUAUUUCCCUUUUCUCUGUUCUCUAUCUCUUCUCUUUAUGUUACAUUCUCCCUCUUAUCUCUAUCUAUUAACUUCUCUCUCUCUUCUCCCUCUCUCUCUCUCUCUAUCUUUUCUCUUCUCUCUUCCCUAUCUAUUCUUUUGUGUCUUCUCUAUUUUUCACUUCACUCUCUCUUGUCUCUCUCUCUAUUUGUUAUCUUUUCUCCUAUCUAUUUACUUCUCUCUUUACUGUUUAAUUUCUCUUCUCUCUCUCUCUCUAUCUACCUGUUUUCUUCUCUCUCCUUUAUAUAUAUUUUUCUCUUCCCUUCUCUCUCUAUUUAUCUGCCUAUCCUCUUCUCUCUGUUUAUUCUAUCUAUCUAUCUAUCUAUCUAUCUAUCUAUCUAUCUAUCUAUCUAUCGUCUCUUCUUUCUAUUUUCUUAUCUCUCUCCUUCUCUUCCUUUCUUUAUCUAUCUAUCUAUCUAUCUAUCUAUCUAUCUAUCUAUCUAUCUAUCUAUCUAUCUUUUUUUUUUAUAAUUGCUUCUCAACUUCCGCAUCUUUCUAUUUUACAUUUAUAUGUUUAUACUAUUUCGUUUUGUUUGUUUGUUUGUUUGUUUGUUUCUUUUUUUCUUUCUUUCUUUCUGUCUUUCAUUCUUUCUUUCUUUCUUUCUUUCUUUCUUUCUUUUUCUUUCUUUCUUUCUUUCUUUCUUUCUGUCUUUCUUUCUUUCUUUCUUUCUUUCUUUCUUUCUUUCUGUCUUUCUUUCUUUCUUUCUUUCUUUCUGUCUUUCUUUCUGUCUUUCUUUCUUUCUGUCUUGUUCAUAUACAUGUAUCUAAUGUUCCACCAAUCUACAUGUAUCAUGGCAGUUAUUCUAAUCUAUCUGGUUGA